GUCUUUCAAAUGUGACAUUAAACUUGUAAAUAAACACAAUUAUAUGCUACAUAAAAUACAUAAAUAAAAAAUAUACUGAUUAAUUUAUUCAUUAUUAUUUAUUCUUUUGAUUAAUGUAGCAUAAAAAAUUUUAAAAUGGUUGAAGAUUCCAGUUUAAAUUCCAAUAAAUCAAAGACUAAAACAACUCGCCCAAAAGCAGUGUACUUGUGGACGGAAGCAGACGUUCAGAAGUGGCUACGACGUCAUUGUAGUGAUUACUACAAUUUGUACUGGGAGAGAUUUCACGAGCAUGAUAUAACAGGAAGAGCAUUAGUCCGGAUAAAUGACAAUACAUUACUUAGAAUGGGAAUAACUAACAAAGAACAUAGGGAAGCUAUUUGGAGGGAGAUUUUGAAACUACGACUGAAGACCGAUAUUGUCGAAAUAAGGGAUUUGGAGAGACGGCAUUAUUACUUUAACUAUGAUUUGUGACUGAAGUAAACCAAUAUAUGCAAAUUGUGAAAAAAACUUGAGUCGCAAUAUUUUUGUGAAAGAAUAGAAAAUAGGAAUAAUACUUCAAAAGUAUCUUGUAUCUAUCUAUCCUAAUAUGAUUAAUUAGUGCCUUUAAAAAUAAUGCUUUUUAUUAAUUAUUUAGUUAUAAUUAAAGUAAAUAUUAUAAGUGAUAUAUAUAAUAAUAUACAGUAUUUAUACACCCAAUUAUCCACAAAAUAUGUAUAAAGAAAACUGUAAUGUUGUUUUAUUUACUCAAUAUAAAUAUU